GAAACAACUGUGAGAAGAGACAAGAAUGUUUCAGUUAAAAGAGUUGAAUCUCUGUGCUGGUGUCUUGGCAAGUCUUUUUCUGGCAGUUUUAAUUGGCUUAGCAUCCGGUGAUUACGCUCACGGCUUAGAUAACGAACUAUGUAUUGGGUCCAAUUGUCAAGACCGUUCUGGAAAUGGCAUAACUGGAUCCAUGUGGUUUGGACCAAGGCUUGGACGUCGUCGAAGAUCUGGUCCAGCUUUUGAGACUGAUGAAGAAGAAAUAAAUGCCAUAGCUAAUGCUAUUAACUCUGGACCAUGGGCUUUGAUUGCUUAUCAGGGCUCAGGAGAUAAAAGACAUUCAACGCAAUUUACACCACGACUUGGUCGUGAAUUAGGAGACAACUUACAGCAAAAAAAUUACAAGCUCGAUCGUGAUAAUCUACCUCAUUUGGUUGACAGUUUUCUUGAUGCUGAACAACAUCGUCAUUCCUCACAACCUCCAUUUCCAUCACCAUUCGCACCUCGUCUUGGUCGGUAUUUAACUCUCAAUCCUUCAUCACCCCUUGGACAUCGAUUUCGGCUUGUAAAAAACUAUUAGCCUUUCAUUUAUCACUUCUUGUGUAUUAAUUAUGGAUAUAUGUAUUAUCUGUAAUUUUAAGACAUAGAUUAGAUCAU